AUGGUCACUGUGAUAUUGUCAAUUAGGUUUGCUUUUCUCCAAAUGGUAUGCUAUUUAACAUCUUGUAGUAAUAAUUAAAUUUUUUUGUUGGAUAUUAGAAGAGGAAUAAACAAGAUUGAAAAAGUAAAGAGCAAGGUAAAAUAAUUAUUCUUUCUCCAAAUGGUGCUAGAUUAGCAUCUGGCAGUGGCAAAUUUGUGUUUAUAUGGAAUCUUGAAACAUGGGAAUAAAUAUCUAAAUUAAAUGGUCAUUCAGAUGAAGUCACAGCAGUAAAUUUUUUCCUAAUGGUACCACAUUUUAGCAUCUGGUAGUGAUGAUAAGUCUAUCCGUUUAUAGGAUGUUAAGACAGGAUUAUAAAAAGCCAAAUUAGAUUAUCACUCAUCAACCGUAUGCUCAGUCAAUUCUCUCCUUAUCCUGAUGGCACUACAUUAGCAUCUGGUAGUCAUCAUAAGUCUAUCUGUUUAUGGGAUUUUAAGACAGCAAAAUAGAUUAUCCCUCAAGAUUUAAGUUAUAAAUAACUUCUUGAUAAUAAUAAUAAUAAUACUAUUGAUUAAUAUUUUUAUUAGAGAGACACAACAAGCUUGGAUUCAGGCACAGUUAAUAUAUUUUAUUAUAAUUGUAAUUAUUAGUAUGUUCAACUAAAUUAAAAGAACAAUUCUUUAUUUUUCUAUAAUUGAUAUUUAUGAUACAUCAUCAGCUGAACAUAAAUUAAAGCACAAAGAAAUUAAUAAUAUUAUAGCAAAAAAUAACAAAUUGUAAAAAAUGUCUAAAUGA